AUGGAGGAGAAGGCCUACAGGCGCCACAUGCAGCCCCGCUUGUCAACAAGGCAGCGGGCGCAUCUCUGGGCGCUGCGGAGUCAGGCACUGUUUGGUGAUGCGCCUGACGACCUUGAAGGACACGGGCGGAAUGGAGGUGCAAGUAAAAAUGAAGGGAAACAAGUUGCUUUGAAGGGUGUUCCGGUUCUCAGUGGACUGGAUCUCCCACAGGGGCCCUCUCACUGGUAUCAGUUUACGACACGUUUGUACUACUCAGCGUGGGUCGCGCUGCGGGGGACGAUGAGCCCGCAGGUUGCCGCCGAGGCAUUGUGCACUGAGUUCUUCUACUUAUUGAAGGUGCAUCGCGUACCCGCCAUGCUGGUUGUCAUGGAGGCCGCUCUCAGCACCGCACGUGCCAAAGCUACAGCUGCUGUCGCGAUGAAUGUCACAGGAAAUGGUACCUAUAAUAAGAAACUCACGGCGUUAUGUGAGGGUUUCUAUGUCCGCGGGUACCACGGAGACCCUGCAGUGAUCGCAUUCCUAUGGCUCUGUCGUGCUCAUUUUAUCCCGUGCGAGGUAGACUUUGAACCGUUCGCUCCCAAUAAAUCUCAGGGCGCAGACAAUAUGUUCCUCGUUAGGUCGUUGGCGCACAACGCGGUAGUCACAGAACCUUUGGCGGCGUUCAUGCUCUGCGUGGAGCUGUAUUUGUCGCCCGGUGAGCACUGGUUCGGGGUGCAGCCGCUUGUUUCUUCUUCGGUGACCCAUGCAGCUUCUGUAGUGGAAAAGAGUGCGUGGACGGAGUACAUGCAGCAUGUUUUGGUCGACCUCCGAGCACCAUUGUUACAGUUUAUGAGAGAGAUGAUCUCCCUUGAAAGGUCCAAUGAAAAAUCACAAAAGACUCAGCUGUCCGCACGGCGUCUGGACAGCCAAUGUGAGGAACUAUCAACAGUUGUCAUGAAGGCACUCAUGUGUUACGAGCGCUUCGCUUACCAUUAUUAUGGAACUCGUUCGAAAUCCACGGUUUCUGUGGCUGACUUGUGCGUGGCCGCGUAUAGCUUUGUAGUGUGCACAAACCCACUCUGCAAAAGCCUAUUCCGGUCGCUAGAUGUGGUGUCGUCCCCCACAGGACACACUGGCGUGGAAAUAGGCUCGCAGCGGACGCAGCGAGGACCGCUCUACAGUUACGAGAACUCUGGAACAGACGCGGGGCAACCAACUGCAGUGGAAAAUACUAGCACACUGUUCAGCGGCAUCCCACAGACGUACCAAGAAAUAGCAUCGCGUAUCCUGCAAGGAGCGGUCGUCGCGUCUCCUGUUACAGUCCGCGUAGGCGAAGAAGAUGGAAGAGAGCGGUUUUUAAAGAAGAAAACGCCAUUCACAACAGGCCUUAGGCUCCUUAAAUCAGACUCGCCGUGGAGCGGCUUGGCACCUGGUACAAAUGAGGCAGCCAUGUUAGUAAUAGACCGUUUGAUUCAAAGCACAUUCCGACCUGUGCGGCACCGACUCGCGGAUAUUUUUUCUUAUGUGUGGUGCAAAGCGAACGAGCAGUGUGUUGCCUUCCCCUUCCUUGUGCUUGACAAGGAGCAGCAAGCAUUUGUCACGACAUCAACCACCGACGCCGUUUCCCUUUCACGUUGUGGAGCUCCAUGGAUGGAAGGAGGUGUCGUAGAAGUGGCACGAUCGUACUGGCUGAAGUUGCGUUCCGCCUUUGGUGCACCCUCGUCGUCCCCCGAACGUAGGACCUACCGUUGCGUAGAGGCGAGGUUGUGA